CACUCCGCUGCGCCACGCCGGGCUGCCCCCGGCGCUGCCGGGCGGGACUUUCAGUCAGGCGCGGCGCGGGCAGCCCGCGGGGGCCUGGCGGGCGCAGCUAGGCGGCGCGCAGCGGGCGGAGCUCGCUCUUUCUCGCACGGCCGGCGCGCAGGAAGGAUGGGGAAGUGCCGAGGCCUCCGCACCGCCCGGAAGCUCCGCAGCCACCGCCGCGACCAGAAGUGGCACGACAAGCAGUACAAGAAGGCGCAUCUGGGCACGGCGCUGAAGGCCAACCCCUUCGGAGGGGCGUCCCACGCCAAGGGGAUCGUCCUGGAGAAAGUUGGAGUAGAAGCUAAACAGCCCAACUCUGCCAUCAGGAAAUGUGUUAGAGUCCAGCUGAUCAAGAACGGUAAAAAAAUAACAGCUUUUGUUCCCAAUGAUGGCUGCCUGAACUUCAUUGAGGAAAAUGAUGAGGUUCUGGUUGCUGGUUUUGGUCGGAAGGGUCAUGCUGUUGGUGACAUUCCUGGAGUUCGCUUCAAGGUUGUCAAAGUAGCCAAUGUUUCUCUGCUGGCCUUGUACAAGGGCAAGAAGGAAAGACCAAGAUCAUAAAUUUAGAUAAAUUUGCCAAGAAUGUCAAUAAAAUUUUUGAUUGGAAAAA